AUGGAGUCCCUCGCCACCCUGUCCGGACGCAGCGUUGCCGAGCUCCAGGCUGCGUUUGACACCUUCCCGUACAUGCAGGCGGCACUGGCGUUUGGCUGGGCGCUGUUUGCGUUCGAAAUGUACCUGUCGCUGCGGCAGCACCAGCGCUACGUUGCCGCGCUGCGUCCGCAUGCGCAGUCCAUUGACGCGCUGGUGCCCAAGGUGCUGCGUGGCAUUGUCAAGGAAGAGCUGUUUGAGCGCACGCAGAGCUACAACAAGGACCGGUCGCAGCUCGACAUGCUGCGAAACGCGUACUCGCAGAUCGAGAUGACGGCCAUCCUGCUGCUGGGCUUUCUGCCGUGGUGCUGGAGCUGGUCGGGCCGAGCCAUCACACAGGACUUGCUGCGGUACGACUCGGCGGCCGAGCAUCCGAUUGUCCACUCGGUCGCGUUCGUCUGGGUCUUCUCCGUCCUCUCCUUUGUCACGACGCUCCCGUGGUCGGCGUAUGCCACUUUUGUCGUGGAGGAGAAGCACGGAUUCAACAGGCAGUCGGUUGGCUUUUUCAUCGUGGACAAGAUCAAGCAGCUGGUUUUGACCAUUGUCCUGAUUCCUGUUGUCGUUGGCCCGCUCGUGUUUCUGAUUCAGUGGGGCGGCGAGCAGUUCUACUUCUACGUGUGGUUCUUCAUGCUGGCGUUCAGUGUGCUCAUGCUGACCAUCUACCCUGUUGUGAUUGCGCCCAUGUUUGACAAGUACGUGCCGCUGCCCGAUGGCGAGCUGCUUUCGCGCAUCCAGUCGCUCGCCCAGCACCCCGACAUCCAAUUCCCGCUGGUCAAAAUCUUUGUCGUGCUUGCUUCCAAGCGCUCGUCGCACAGCAACGCCUACUUUUACGGCUUUUUCAAAAACAAGCGCAUUGUCUUGUUCGACACCCUGCUCGGUGACGAGUACAACCUCGACAGCAGCGCUGCAGCCCUUGAUGCUGGCUUGCAUGGCCACAGCCACAACAGCCACCACGAUCACGGCCACAGCCACGACGGCGACAACCACGGCCACAGCCACGACAGCGACAACCACGGACACAGCCACGACGAGCAGCAGCCAGCCCGCAAGAAGCGAGUCACCGAGCCGUGCACCGUUCCCGAGAUUCUUGCCGUUCUCGCGCACGAGCUUGGCCACUGGAAGCUCAACCACACGCUCAAGAACUUUGUCUUUUCGCAGUUCAUGAACUUUGUCUCGUUCGCCCUGUUCAGUCUGUUUGUGUCGUACCAGCCUCUGUACACGUCGUUUGGCUUCCCCGACUCGCGACCCGUCUUUAUCGGCAUGUUCCUGGUCUUCCAGUUUGUCUUUCAGCCCAUGAACACGGUGCUGCAGUUCCUGAUGACUGUUUUGUCCCGACGAUACGAGUUCCAAGCCGACGCUUUCGCCGCCAAGCUUGGUCACGGUGGCCAUCUUCGAACUGCCCUCGUCAAGCUGCAAAAGAACAACCUCUCUGACAUGGACCCCGAUCCACUGUACAGCAUGUACCACUACAGCCAUCCCCCGCUUGUCGAGCGUCUCAAUGCCAUCGGUGGCAAAGAGGAUUAG